AUAUUUUGCUGAAUGGUCGUGUGGAGUAUUCGGUGAAAAUGCUCGGAUUCACUGAGGUAACAGAGCCAAAAGGAACGCAUGUCAUCCGAGACGCUAUCCACGCCAUACGUUUUCAGCUUCAGGUGAACCGAGGCAUUACUGGACAUUCAGGAUCGAAACUGAAAAAAGUGGAUUUACAAAUUAGCGUGGAUGGUCUAACAAUUAUUGACUCAAAGACAAAGAUGAUUCUCUUCAAAUAUCCGUUGCAUCGAAUCUCAUUUUGUGCUGAUGAUAAACAAGAUAAAAGAGUUUUUUCAUUCAUUGCAAAAGCAGAAUCUUCCAGUCGGCAUGAUUGUUUCGUGUUUUUGAGUGAAAAACUCGCCGAACAAAUAACUCUGGCCGUUGGCGAAGCAUUUGAUCUUGCUUAUCAGAAAUUUCUAGAAAAAAAUGGACGAGAUUUGGAAAAUCGCAAGCAGCUCAUCGUUUUGAGGAAGCGAAUAGAAGAACCAGUACCGCCGUUGCCGAGUACACCAAUGCCUCGCGAGCCACCGCCUGGUAUUGCAACAAAUGAGGUAAUACCAGCGAUCGUGCCACCUCCAAUGAUCCCGAGGAGGCAUCAUGUGUAUACCGCUGUAACAAAUAAUGAGCCUUCGGAUGCAAAUGCCCCACAGCGAAAAAAAGCGGCCGAAGCAAAAAACAAGGAUAAAUUUGGUCUCGACCCAUUUGGUGAUGAUUUCAUGAACGAUGUUCUUAGUCUGGAAGCGAAGCCAAAAAUUGAUGCACCGUCAGGAAGUUCGGAGCAUGAACCGACACCGGAACAAUUUGACGAAAUGUUAUCGAUGGUGGAUAAACGUCUAACGGAAUUACGCGAUGGAUUCGCAUCUGGUUUGGCAAUGGGUGAUACCGGCGAUUCGGCCCGUGAUUUGCACACCAUCUACAGUAUCCCAACGCAAUCUCCGGAAGCCAGUGCUGGUGGUGAUCUGAAAUCGCUAACGAAUCCCAGCAAUCAAAAUGGCCACACAUGAUU